UCCAUUUCAUCUAAUUUGUAUGGUUUUAAUUAGCUGCUUAUAGAAAAACAUAUGCCAGAUGAAAUGGACGUGGUUCUAAGCUGGAGUGAAUGCAAGCUUCAAAAAGGAACUAAUCGUCUAUUGGAAGUAACAUGGAGACCCGCCAAAGAAGAAGUGUGCAGACAUAAAUUAGUGUUUUGCGAUGGAAAACAGAAGAACAGAAAUAUAUUUAUCAUAUUUAGAUCUGUUGAAUUAACGUUCCAGAAUCUCCUGGGGACGGUACAUAGGGAGGGAGGUUUAUUAUUUUCUCCGGAUGGAAAUUGCUUAAUUAGCACAGUGGGAAAUAGGAUAACGAUAUUUGACUUGAAAAAGAAUAAAUCCAACACUUUGCCCGUAGAAAGCCGGUAUAAUUAUGUUGCUCUCGACAUAAACGCAAAUGGGUCCGCUUUAUUGGCAAUCAAUGAAGAGGGCGAGGCCCACAUUAUCAGUCUAAUAUCGUUUAGCAUUGUGCACCGCCAUAGAUUCAAUGGAAUCUGUCGCAAUGUAAAGUUUAGCCCUGAUGGAAAACACGUCGCUGUAUGCAAAGGCAAUAACGUUCUCGUAUUUAAAGCCCCAGGUUUAGUGACUGGAACACAUAAUGCCUUUGAAAUGGAACGCGUUUUUCAUGGAGCCUACGACGAAACCACUUGUUUGAAUUGGUCGUCGGACUCUAAAAUUCUGGCUGUUGGAUCCAAAGAUAUGGCGACUAAAUUGUAUUCAUUUGAAAGAUUCAAGAACUUCAGAAUGUACUCACUAGGCAGUCAUACGGACGAAAUAGUUGGUUGUUUUUUUGAGCAGGAAAGUUACGAUUUGAUAACAAUAUCGAGAAACGGUCAAACCUGCGUAUGGGAGUGCACUGUUAAGCCUGGCGAAUUAGAAGUUUUAAAAGACCAGGCUCCUGCCAAGAAAAAAAAAACGUCUGACGAUAAUGAGGAAGAUGAUGUGGACAUAACAAAAUCUGUUGAAAAGACUCAGGAAGAAGUUGAAGAAUCCCUGAAAGAAUCUCCCGAGUGUAAGGCGGAGGAUAAUAAGUUGCUGUAUAUGAGACUGGCCAGACACUACUUGGCAGACGAAGUGAGGAAGGAGCAUCAAGAAGCCGUCCUAACAGCAGCAGCCUAUCAUCCCAAGGCAAGGAUUUUAGUGACUGGCUUUUCGUGUGGAGUUUUUUUCAUUUACGAGACGCCUGACAUGAACUUGAUUCACUCCCUGUCGAUAUCAGAGCAAAAAAUAUCUUCGAUAGCCUUGAACCAAACAGGGGAAUGGGUAGCUCUGGGAUGUAGCGGUAUUGGGCAACUUCUAGUGUGGGAGUGGCAAAGCGAAACCCACGUGAUGAAGCAACAGAGCCAUAUGCUCAAUAUAACGUGCCUCAGUUACUCUUCAGAUGGACAUAUAGUAGCCACAGGAGGCGGUGAUGGCAAGGUAAAACUAUGGAAAGUCAGCUCAGGAUUCUGUUUCGUUACAUUUAGCGAACAUUCCAGCGCGGUUACUGCUCUUGCGUUUUGCGCCAGCAAGAACUUUAUUGUGUCAAGCUCGCUUGAUGGAACAGUUAGGGCUUUUGAUAUUACUAGAUAUCGCAAUUUCAAAACCUUUACUUCACCCAGAUUAGUUCAAUUUUCCUGCGUAUCCGUGGACAGCAGCGGAGAGUUUGUUGCGGCCGGUGGACAAGAUGUUUUCGAAAUAUACCUUUGGUCAGUGAAAACGGGCAGAUUACUGGAAAUUUUAUCCGGACAUGAAGGACCGGUGUCAAGCGUAGUGUUCAGUCCGGGUUUAACUUCCACUACAAUGGCCUCAGUCUCCUGGGAUAAAACCCUGAGGACUUGGGACGCUAUUGAAAAAGGCUCUUCGCACGAAGUAAUCGAAUUGUUAGCCGAAGGAGUAUUUGUGACCUUUAAUCCUAACGGCGUUGAAGUGGCUGUGGCGACGCUGGAUGGGAGAAUAUCCGUUUUUGAAAUACGCACUGCCACGCAAGUUGCCUCUAUUGAAGGCAGAAAUGAUUUAGGUAGUGGACGCUCUGAUAAUGACUUGAUUACGGCCAAGAAAACUUUAGAAGCCAAGUGCUUUUCAACUUUAUGUUACUCCGCUGAUGGGGCAUACAUUUUGGCUGCAGGCCAGUCGAAGAACGUCUGCAUCUAUAGCGUUAAGGAGAAUUUGCUUGUGAGAAAGUUUGAAAUUACGCAGAAUAGAUCAUUGGACGCUGUAGAUGAUUACAUCAACAGGCGAAAACUGACUGAAUUUGGAAAUAUGGCUUUGAUCGAAGAAAGAGAACUGAGAGAAGGCGGUAAUGUUGCCAUCAAACUUCCGGGCGUUAGAAGUGGCGAAAUGUCGAAGCGCACUCUUAAACCCGAGGUACGUGUUUUGUCCUUGCAAUUCUCACCCACUGGUCAGCAAUGGGCCGCGGCUACCACUGAAGGCCUCUUGAUAUACGCGUUGAACUCAGGAAUUGUGUUCGAUCCUUGGGAUCUUCAAGCAGAUAUUACUCCUAUGGGAAUCAACAACGCUCUGAAAGAUCAAGAUUAUCUUAAUGCACUGAUAAUGGCAGUAAAAAUGAACGAGGCCAAUCACAUCAGACAAGUAAUAGAAACGAUUCCAGUCUGUGAUGUUGAAUUAAUCGUUUCAAGUCUUGGACUUCAAUUUAUCAAGCGAUUGUUGUACAUUUUCGCCAGCGCUUUAGAUGCUUCAAAACACGUUCAAUUUUACUUGAAAUGGUUGAAACACAUUAUGACCAUACACGGGUCAAGUCUCGUCCAGCAAGGGAACAAGCCAGCUCUUGUAGCAGUGCUACAAAGUGUUGAGAGGCGAAAUGAGCAACUUUCCAAAAUGUGCGAUUACAAUCAAUACAUGACGGACUACGUUCGGUAUUCACAAAAAACGGUUGUUAAAACCUUGGAUGAAGACCAUGAUGAAAUGAACGGAAAAAGUGACUUGGAUAGUGAGGAUGAAGAUGCGUUUAUGGACAAUUCAGUUUUAGACUAAAAAAAUUGUGUUAUUGUAUAAAAAAUAUUUCAUACGCAAUUGAAUACUUUAAUAAACAUUGCUUUAUCGAU